CUACUAUAAAUUCUCCGAUUGGGUGUUUACGCGCUCUCGUCACCUAAAUCUCCCUCUACCAACUUCGUCUUCUUCGUCUUCUUCUAGGGUUUACAAAGGGCCUCUAGGGUUUCGCCAUGGUUCUUCAAAACGACAUUGAUUUGCUGAAUCCACCAGCAGAGCUAGAGAAGAAGAAGCACAAGUUGAAGCGCCUUGUCCAAUCCCCCAACUCUUUCUUUAUGGAUGUGAAGUGCCAGGGGUGCUUUAACAUAACGACAGUAUUCAGCCACUCACAAUCGGUGGUAGUAUGUCCAAGCUGCCAAUCGGUUCUGGCUCAGCCGACCGGAGGCCGAUCCAAGCUUACUGAGGGUUGCUCGUUCAGAAAGAAGAUAGACUAAUUGGUUCUGUUUUGCUGUUUAUUUUCUUUGCUCUCUGAUACUUGCUUUCUCCUUAGUGUCUGCACGAAUGGGAAAAGUUUUGCGGCUUUUUAGUUUUAGUGGACUCUUAGUUUCUUUCUUUAUUUUUGGUAAUUCUUGCGAGGGAAAGCCCUUUCAUGUUCAUGUCAUUUUCCCCCCAUGUGGACUGCUUGAGUAGUUCUUUUGACGCUUUUCUGGCCGAGAAAGUAUUAAAUAGUAGUUAGUUUAUCACUUUAUGGCAAUGAUUUCUUUAACUA